CCCUCUCCUCUCUUAUCUAAUUUUUUAUUUUUUAUUUUUUUCCUCUUCUCUAAAUUCUUUAGCUUAGAGAGAGAGAAGAUAUACGACUCUCUCUGUUCAUGGAUCCCAAGGGCUCAAAGCAGCCACAAUCACAGGGGGUCCCAAGCUUCCUGAGCCUCCCUCAGCCGCCGAACAAUAAUAAUAACAACAUGGGAGAGAAUGCCUACAACAAACCUGCGGAAAUCAAGGAUUUUCAGAUUGUGGGUACCGACAAGGAAGAGGUGUCGGCGGCGGCGAACAAGAAGUCGCAACAGCAGUUAGCACCAAAAAGGAAUUCCAACAAGGACCGACACACCAAGGUUGAAGGUAGAGGAAGAAGGAUAAGGAUGCCUGCCCUCUGCGCCGCCAGAAUUUUCCAGUUGACCCGCGAAUUAGGCCACAAAUCAGACGGAGAAACCAUUCAGUGGCUUCUCCAACAGGCGGAGCCAUCGAUUAUCGCCACCACAGGGACGGGAACGAUUCCAGCUUCUGCUUUGGCGGCGGCAGGACCUAUUUCACAGCAAGGGACUUCAAUUAGUUCUGGUUUACUACUGCAUCACAAAAUCGACGAAUUGGGAAGCCAGCUUGGUGGGUCAGGGAGUAGUAGUAGUAGUGGGGCUAGAGCUGGAUGGCCGAUGUUGGGCGGUGGUGGUGGUACCCAUUGGGGUCGGACCCAUUUAACUUCAGGUGGAAUAUGGCCCUCUUCUGUCUCUGGCUUUGGAUUUCAGACAUCGUCUUCAUCAUCCUCUGGACCAUCAGCACCCAAUUUAGGAAACGAGAGUACUAACUAUUUACAGAAAAUUGGGUUUCCUGGUUUUGACUUGCCAGUCAGCAACAUGGGUCCCAUGAACUUCACUUCAAUUUUGAAUGGGACUGGACAACAUCAUCUACCCGGUUUGGAACUUGGCCUCUCACAGGAGGGUCAUAUUGGGGUUAUCAAUCCUCAAUCCUUUAAUCAUAUUUAUCAUCAAAUGAGUCAGACCAGAAUGCAACAACAGCAGCAGCAGCAGCCACCAUCUCCCAAAGAUGAUUCUCAAGGAUCAGAACAGUGAAUUAACAAGGAGAUUGUGUCAGUACAAUUUUGGAGAAUACCGUGAACAGAAAGAAAGAACUGUAUGCAACAACAAACAGAGGUGCGUGCUGUGCUGUUGUUUCUUUGAUAUCUGUCAUAAUUACAUACAUACAUAGAAUAAGCAAGUAUCAUCAUCAUCAUCCUACUAUAUAGCCCCUUUUGUUUUGCUUUAGCUGUCAACUAUAGUAGAUGUGGUAUAGGUUUCUAGUCUAUGCAUUAUUGUUAUAUGCUUGGUUCCUUGUCAUUUGCAGAUGGAACAAUGUGUGUGAGAUUUUGGCUUAAAUUUAUUUGGUUUGAUUUUGUA